GAAAUCUCUUUAAAUGGUGCGCCGCUCAGCCAGGAGAGCUCAGUUCGAGUUGAGAUCUUGCAGCGCACACACAGCUCCAGCUCCGGCCCCGUCCAUUCCCAGAAAAAGUGUUCCCAACCAAAAAGUGCUCCCGUGAACCAGAGAGAGAGAGAGAGAGAUUCCUACUCCACCACAAUCGCAUCGCAUUGAAAUGUCGACUAUUAACCUGCAUCCCCCGCAAACGUACUCGCGCCUGUUCCGUCCCUGGGAUACGCAGAGGCAGGCGCCCGCUCCACCGGCCAGGACGGUGAAGAACGAGCCCGAAACGGUCAACAUCAAAACGGAGCUGCCCAGCAGCAGUUUCGGCCACGACAGCGACCGCGACUCCUCUUCCUCGUCAAACAGCAGCAGCAGCAGCAGUAGCAGCAAGUCCAGCUACGAUGAUGGAUACACCCGCACCUCCACCCCCCUGCUGGAUGUGACGCCACAGCCCGUCUUCCCACAUCCCUCGUGCUCCUCCUCAGCCUCCCCGACAGUGACGCCAGCCCAGCAGAUGUCGCCGCAGCAGUCCCCCUUCAUGCCCGCCGCCAGCGAUCUGUACUACGCGGCUGCCGCAGCUGCAGCCGCUGCCGCUGCCAGCACUCCCGCCGGUGCCGCUGCUGCCGGCUUCGGCAUGGAUCCGUUCACGCUAGGUCUGAUGGAGCAGGAGUACGCCCGCGUAAUGGCCGAGGACGCCCAACUAAAGGCCCUGAACGCCCGCAAGCAGCGCCCAAAGAAGUUCAAGUGCCCGCACUGCGACGUGGCCUUCUCCAACAACGGCCAGCUCAAGGGACACAUUCGCAUCCAUACCGGCGAACGCCCCUUCAAGUGCGACGUAGACACCUGCGGAAAGACCUUCACUCGCAACGAGGAGUUGACGCGCCACAAACGUAUCCACACUGGACUGCGUCCGUAUCCGUGUAGCGCAUGCGGAAAGAAGUUCGGUCGCCGGGACCACCUGAAGAAGCACAUGAAGACGCAUAUGCCGCAGGAACGCCAGCUGGGUCCGGCCAUCUUUGUGCCAAUGUAUCCAUAUCUCUAUGGCUACUGAAUAGACGGAUGGAGAUCCGAUCCGAACCUCGCUCCAGCGAUCUGUGAAGCGCUUGCACGCUUUAAAAACGCUACAAGGCCCAUACGCAUACGCACAUAGCCACCGAUACCGAUGCCAACGACAACGACAACGACAGCGACAAAAACAACGAUAAACAUAUACAUAGAUAACCAAUAACUCAAUGCCGGCCAAUACUCAAUUUCCAUCUUGGAUAGAUCUACCUCAGCCGUACCUGGCGCAAUCUAGCGCACUCACUAACCGCUAACAGACUCAGAGCCUCGGAGCCGAAACCCUCCGAGAGAGAGAGAGAGAGAGAACCCGAUGCCAUCGACGAUAUAUGCAAAUAUUGAGAUAUUUAUUUUUUAACUCAUAUUUACACAACCAGCUACGUGACGAGUUUGGAGCGUAGCGUACGGAAAGAAAACCCAGCAUUUGUGUAAAUACCUCCUUAAGUGAUCCUUCCUCAUAUGCUAAGCGAUUAAGAGAUUAAAGAGAUAGAUAGAUAGAUAGAUAGAUAUACCUGUAUACACACAAUCUUUAUUAGAGCUAAGCAUAUUUUUCACAUUUUUAUAUGCUGAAUACGGUUACUAGCAAUAUACGAUUUAUACCUACCUAGAUAUAGAGUCAUAGUUAAAUAUUCAGAGUUGCAUUAUACGAUUUAUGUUUACACCAUGAAAUACAAAUUUUGAAAAUCACAA